UCUGAAAUCCAAAGCAAGAAGAAAAAGAAGAAGAAGAAGAAGAAUUCGAUAAGGUGACUACUGAUUGGUGCUGCUCUGCGCUUCAAAAGAAAGAUGACAGAAAAACAACAACCGGGUCCAAGUUCGCAAUGCGCAAGCUAUAAGAAUGGCAUAUUAUGCAUAAUAUGUGAUGAUGAAGUAAAAGAUGCAGUAAGCACUCAGUGCGGCCAUCUGUUCUGCUGGCCAUGUCUAUAUCAAUGGUUAGAGAUCAAGCAAAUUUGUCCAACAUGCCGGAGUGCCGUAAACCCAGCUAAAGUCAUACCAAAUUUUGGAUGUGGUACUACAGAGCAUCCAAACCGGCAUGAUGUUCCACCACGGCCGACUGGCCAAAGGUCUGCAGAGCCAGAAGCCGAUCGCAUGGAUGUUGUUGAUUCUUGUAUCUUGGGAGCCUUGGGCGUCGCCGGCGUCGCCACCAUCCUCGGCAUAGGCUACAUGUGGGGAUCUAAAAACCAAAAAAAAGAAGAUGAAAAAAAAGAAUAAAUAUUGAGUAGCGAGCUGGACAAAGUAACAGAGAGAAUAGCGAAUAUAUAUUCAAAUUAUGUGAGAUCGACCUAUAUGAACUUGCUACGCGACUUUAAGAAAAAAAUUUUUUUAAUACGCAUUAAAUUAAGCUUGUACUACUUUUCUUUAUUCAUAUGUACUUGACUGAACAUUGUUCUUUUAACGGUUCCAUAUACACCAGAACAGAAUGAUGUUGCUGAGAGGACAAAUCGCACAAUUGUGGAAAAAGCAUGUUGUAUGAUGCAAGACGCCAGAUCGGAUCAGAAGAUGUGGGCAAAGGCAGUUAACACUGCGGUCUAUCUUAAAAAUCGUUCUCCUCAGAAAGCGAUUAAAGGAAAGACGCCAGAAGAAUUAUGGACUGGCAAGAAAGUGGAUCUUAGUCACUUGAAAGUAUUUUGCUGUUUGCCAUACGUGCACAUUCCCAGAAAUCAGAGAAAUAAAUGGGACGCCAAAGGAAAACAGCAUCUAUUUUAUUUUUUAUUUUUUAUUGUAGAAUACU